CGGCACCGGCUCAGGCAUGGGCACCCUGCUGAUCAGCAAGAUCCGGGAGGAGUAUCCCGACCGGAUCAUGAACACCUUCAGCGUCAUGCCGUCACCUAAGGUGUCGGACACCGUGGUGGAGCCCUACAACGCCACGCUGUCGGUCCAUCAGCUGGUCGAGAACACAGACGAGACCUACUGCAUCGACAACGAGGCUCUGUACGACAUCUGCUUCCGCACUCUCAAACUCACGACGCCAACCUACGGCGACCUCAACCACCUGGUGUCGGCCACCAUGAGCGGCGUGACGACUUCCCUCCGUUUCCCCGGACAGCUCAACGCAGAUCUCCGCAAGCUGGCCGUCAACAUGGUGCCUUUCCCCAGACUCCACUUCUUCAUGCCGGGGUUCGCUCCUCUGACGGCGAGGGGCAGCCAGCAGUACCGGGCCCUCACCGUUCCCGAGCUCACCCAGCAGAUGUUUGAUGCCAGGAACAUGAUGGCGGCCUGCGACCCUCGCCACGGCCGCUACCUGACCGUUGCCACCGUCUUCCGCGGGCCCAUGUCCAUGAAGGAGGUGGACGAGCAGAUGCUGAACGUCCAGAACAAGAACAGCAGCUACUUCGUGGAGUGGAUCCCCAACAACGUCAAGGUGGCGGUCUGCGACAUCGCUCCGCGCGGGCUCAAGAUGGCCGCCACCUUCAUUGGCAACAGCACGGCCAUCCAAGAGCUGUUCAAGAGGAUCUCAGAGCAGUUCUCCGCCAUGUUCCGCAGAAAGGCCUUCCUGCACUGGUUCACGGGCGAGGGCAUGGACGAGAUGGAGUUCACUGAGGCGGAGAGCAACAUGAACGACCUGGUGUCCGAGUACCAGCAGUACCAGGAGGCCACCGCCAACGACGGCGAGGAGAACUUUGAGGACGAGGAGGACGAGAUCAACGAGAGCUGGGACGCAGAGCAGACGUUUGAUGAGCCAAUCAGAGAGCAGGAAGACAACCUGAGCCCAAUCAGCUGAAGGCAGAGGCGGGUCGUCUGAAAACAGCCCUGCAACAUUCGUGUUUUCUGAUUUUCUGAAGAUGUUUUGAAGCAGCCGUGAUGAUCCAGGAUCAGAGUUUGUCUUUUAAUGUAAAACCAACAAUUAAAUAAAAAUAAGUUUCCACUGCGA